AUGAGACAAGCUGGCAGCGCCGGCCGUGUCCCCGAUCCCAGCGAGGUGUUUCAGACACGAAGAGGGGGAGCGAUGGACCCGCACACACGGCUACCGGGCUACACGUGCUCGACGAUGCUGGGCGUCACGCAGGUGUGGUUCACAGCACAUCACGUGGGCCACGUCCUGAAAACCCUGCGAUCGGGCCGGUUGGACGACCUUCACAGGAGAAUGAAGCGCAACCCACACGUGCUGGACGCCCGCGUUUGCCGGGCGGUCAUCUGGUGGAGCAUUCUUGCGGAGGCGAUGGAGGCCGCGAAGGAGGCUGAGCGGCGGCGAGCCAGGCGGCGAGAAUGCCGCCGGUUGGUGGUCGGGCUCGCCGUCUCGCAGCGGCGGAGCGACCCCGGCACUCGACGAGGCAAAACCAGCACGCACGAACAGCAACGAGCAUCGGGUGGGUCCCGAUCGGGCAUGUCCCGCUCGUCCUCUCGCACGUGGUCACUCCCACCAUUAACGGAAGCGAUUCACCUCAAGGGCGGCGAGGAGGACCAAGGGUUUUCCAGCGGUGGCGGAGGGCGUGCUCCCUGCCACGGGGGGGCGGUGGCGGCGCCGUCGGUGGUUCGGGAGUGUCGCGCGGUUCACCUUGAUGAGGCGGCUAUUCUCAAUAAAAUCUACGAGUUUUUGUGAGAGGGCUGGGGUGGGGAGGGGGGCGAAAGCUCUCUAGAGAGGGAAUCCCUCGGGCGCGGGAGGGGAGGGGGAGAGGCUCUGCGCGAUUUUUUAUGCUUCGGAGGGCUCGUUGCUGCCGUGGCGCUGGGUGGUGGAGCAAUCGGUUUCAUUUUUCGGUGCGGUCGAAUGGUGAGAGCAAGAGAAGAGAGCAAGAGAAGAGAGAUGGGGCGGGGGGGGGGGGGGGAGCUUUGGGCGCGAUUUGGUCGGGCUGCACCUUGGUUCACCAUGCAGGAUGAGGAUAUUUGUUGUCCUAAAAAUGUUUCCUACACUUUUUUGCAUAUCUGCUGUCAAUUAUUUCGUGCCGCCUGGCAUCGCGUGAGUGGUGUGUUUCCAUUUCAUAGACCCACCAGUGUUGCGAAGAAGGGGAUACAUUAUGGUAAAAGGAAAAUUUAGGCUGGGGAGAGCUCCAACUUUCCCUCACUGACAAGUGUCACGCAAUGUUAGUAUGGCGCUUACUCUCAAGUUCGUCCAUUGUUGUACAUAUCAAGGCACCGGGAGUAUGGGGUAGACGGGGGUUCCGUAUGAACUGCCGUGAUUUUCGAUGCCUGUCGUUUUCAAACUUUUUCAGUUGCCUUUUAUGUCUAUCGCAACGAUUGUGAUGUGAGUUGUCUGCUUCGAAUUCCCGUACCCCAUACUGGAGAGAAAGGAAUGUAGAGGGAUACAACGAGAGAGGGGGGGGGGGGCACGUGGCAUCACACAGCACGUUCUAGCGAUAAAAAGUGUGUUGUGUUCAGUUGUUGCACUCUGUAGGGGUAGCCUUUUUUCGGGGUGAAGGGGCGAGGGUUUGGGGGGGGGGGGGGGUACCCAUAUAUUCCAUUCCUAAGGGGGAGACGCAUGUCAUGCGUUGGUCCCGAAGGCUCGUGCGCUUCGAUCUGGUUCCUGUAUUUACUGUGUCGACGUUAUUGAGUUCCAUUGUUGUUUAUCAAGUCUCCGUUUGUGUUAAGGCAACGAUUGUUUAUUGCUACCUGCUGCAUUUUUUAUUCGCCUUGCGUUUGGAUCGUUGUUGUUCCGCCUUCUUCGUGUCGGCAAUGCUCGCGAGAUUUCCAACACAGAAUUGUUCUGUUUCUGGUCUCAUACAUGCACGCUUACAUGGAUCGCUGAAUAAUUCGUCCAAGAGGAAAGAGAGAGAGCAUUUUUUCUUGUGUUAGGCAUGUGAGGGCUGGUGUGCCCCAUCUUAUUUUUUCGCACUCCCUGUCGGUGUUUCGUUAGGCUAUACGUCGCCGGCUUUUGUAUACCGUCGUCCACUGGAGCAAAGACCAGUAGUACACCUUUCGUGGGUAGUUGUUUCCUUUUGUUUCGUGUUUCUCGUGUUGUUAUACAACGGCGGUCUACUGCAACUGACGCUUUCCAUGUUUUUGAGGGGAGGGUGCGGCCUGGUACCGUGCAGCAAGAGACUGCUGGAAGAAGAGGGAGGGAAAUCUCUCUCCCACAUGUUAAGCAGAUUUUCGUUCGAAAGGUCUCCUAUGCCGUUCUGAUCACGUUGUUUCUGCCAGAGAGGAGGGGUGGUAUGAUACUCGUUGUUCGCUUUCUGCCUGCCGCGGCGCGGCGCUUACGCGGACGCGUGAUUUUGCUUCUUCUGUGUCGAUGCGCGCGCGUUUUUUUUUUUUUUUAGCGGUGGUGAGGUUGCGGGGCGUUUGGCCGUAAGCGUGUGACGCUCUGCGUGGCUCUAUGUAUGCCGUUACAGGAGAGUGUUGCACUUUGGUUCUUCUCAAUCGCCGUGGACAAGUCCAUGCUGAGGUUCCAGGCUCGUUGGUGUUUUCUUCCGGCAGGCCAUCUUGUUGUCGGAUGACCACGCACCUGAGAUUCCUUGCGGGCUCUCGGACAGUACGGAGGUGUGAUCAGACGAUGUAGGGAUUGUUCUGGGGAACGUUCCUUACAAGCAACCCCGGGACGAGAGACAACCAUUUUUUCGUGGCGAUCCUGCCGUAAAGACGCUAUUCUGUC